AUGUUGAACUACCUUACGCGGAUCUGCACAGGAUUGGAUUUUGACUACUUCCUAUGGUCGGACUCAAUGAUUGCGCUUUGGUGGGUAAGAAGACCCCCGAGUGAAUGGAAACAGUUCGUGAGCAACCGCGUUGAGGAAAUUCAGCAAAAGACCGAUCACCGAAGAUGGAAACAUUGUCCGGGGACGGACAACCCUGCCGAUUGUCUUACUAGAGGCAUGCCAGCGAGGGCACUGGUGGUUAGCAGCACCUGGUGGCAGGGACCCGCCUGGCUUCAUCUCGACUCGUCAAGUUGGCCAAACAGCGACGUCGAAUGGGACGACAUGACGAACGACGAGAGGAGUUUCAAAUCUAACAUCCUGCAAGUUUCGGUGUCACCGAAUUCUGCAAUCAUUGAUGCAGAGAAAUACAGCAGCCACCGGAGACUGACAAGAGCUUGGGUCCUACGCUUCGAGCGUAACGUGCGAUGCCGUAACGGUCGAUUGGUCGGCACUCUAACGGUCAAGGAGCUCAACGACGCGGGUAACCUUUGGGUAAAGCAGGCACAGGCUGAGCAUUUCGCCGAGGAGGUUAAUCUGCUACAGAUGGGUCAUCCAGUGACACCUGAUUCGAAGUUGGCCAAUCUACGACCGUAUCUGGAAGACAACGGCAUCAUACGCUUACGGACGAGACUACAGUUCGGAGCAGAUGGAGAGGACGUGAAAUGUCCAAUCCUACUUCCCCGCGCGCAUCACUACAUGAAGCUUGUUGUGGAACGUGCUCAUCACAGAACACUGCACGGAGGCUUGCAGGACACAUUGAACGAAGUAGGAGAGCGCUGGUGGAUUCCACAAGGCCGACAACUAACAAAAGCACUCAUAUUCCGAUGCAUCACCUGCUCGCGUAAUCGAGUCAAGGCAGCUUCAGCUCCCACUGCUCUACUGCCAUCUGACAGAACAGACACUACACAAGGGAAGGGAUGA